CCUUGGCGGGUCAUUUUAAGCGGUACUGGGAUAGAUAGCAAAUACUGAAAAAAAAAACCCACCCAAGAAAAAUAAAAUAAAAAAAAGAUAUGGAGAAGAAAGAUGAGAAAGGAGGAAACCAUGUUAGAAGGAAAAAGGGCGGGUUGGUCACAAUGCCUUUCAUUUUUGCAAAUGAGGUUUGUGAGAAGUUGGCUGUGGUGGGAUUCAAUGCUAAUAUGCUUAGCUACUUAACAACUCAGCUUCAUAUGCCUCUUACAAAAGCUGCUAACACUCUUACCAACUUUGGUGGCACCGGAAGCCUCACUCCCUUGCUUGGUGCUUUCCUCGCCGACGCAUUCGCCGGCCGGUUUUUGACUAUCACCGUCGCUUCCAUUAUUUACCAAAUAGGAAUGGUUAGCUUAACACUAUCAGCAAUACUUCCAAGUCUAAGACCACCCCCAUGUAAAGCAGACCAAGUGUGCCAAGAAGCAAGCUCAGGACAAGAGGCAAUUCUCUAUGCAUCUCUACUAUUAGGAGCCAUCGGAUCGGGUGGGAUCCGACCGUGCGUGGUAGCUUUCGGGGCGGAUCAGUUCGACGAGUCGGAUCCGAACCAGACCACGAAGACAUGGAACUACUUCAAUUGGUACUAUUUUGUGAUGGGGGUAUCUAUGCUAGUGGCUGUGACAGUUCUUGUUUAUAUACAAGACAACAUUGGAUGGGGUUGGGGUCUUGGAAUCCCAGCCAUGGCUAUGUUCCUUUCAAUCAUUGCUUUCAUAUUCGGGUACCCGCUUUACCGGAAUCUUGACCCGGUUGGGAGUCCGUUUACCCGGUUGGUUCAAGUAUGCGUUGCCGCCUACAAGAAGAGAAAGCUGAACAUGGUUUCGGAUCCUUCUUUGCUGUACCAGAAUGAUGAGCUUGAUGAUCCCAUCUCGUUGGGUGGGAAGCUUUUGCAUACAAAGCAUAUCAAAUUUCUUGAUAAGGCAGCGAUUGUGAGUGAAGAAGACGACACGAAAUCACCAAAUCUAUGGAGGCUCAACACCGUCCAUCGAGUUGAAGAACUCAAAUCAGUGAUCAGGAUGGGUCCCAUAUGGGCAUCAGGAAUACUCCUCAUCACAGCCUAUGCUCAACAAAGCACAUUUUCACUCCAACAGGCCAAAACAAUGGACAGGCACUUAACAAACACCUUUCAAAUCCCAGCAGGCUCAAUGACUGUCUUCACCUACAUAUCAAUGCUCUCCACAAUCGCCAUCUACGACCGAAUCUUCAUCCCCAUGGCUCGAAAACUCACCGGCAUCGACCGGGGUAUCACAUUUCUUCACCGGAUGGGAAUCGGGUUUGUCAUCUCCAUUUUUGCCACACUGGUUGCCGGUUUUGUUGAAAUAAAGCGGAAACACGCGGCUUCAGCACAUGGUCUUACUGAUCACCCUGGUUCAAUUAUCCCCAUUUCGGUGUUUUGGCUUUUUCCUCAGUAUAGCCUACAUGGAAUAGCUGAGGCAUUUAUGUCAAUCGGUCACCUUGAGUUUUUAUACGACCAAGCACCUGAAAGCAUGCGGAGCUCAGCCAGUGCAUUGUUUUGGCUUUCAAUUUCUGCUGGGAAUUAUAUAAGCACGCUCUUGGUUACGCUUGUGCAUAAGUUUAGUGCCGGGCCUGGUGGAUCAAAUUGGCUUCCCAAUAAGAAUUUGAACAAGGGAAAGUUGGAGUACUUCUAUUGGUUGCUCACUUUGGUUCAAGUUCUUAAUUUGGUUUACUACAUUUGUUGUGCAAGAAUGUAUACUUUUAAGCCAAUUCAGGUCCAAAAGAAAGUGGAUUCUAAGGGUGGAGAAGAUGGGUUGGAGCUUGGGAAUAGGGUUUAGAAAUUUGGUUUUUAAUUAGUUGUAUUUUUGUAUUGUCACUCUUGGUUAAAGAAUUAAACGAGGACAAUAUAUUUGUAGUUAAAUUACAUUUUUAUUAAAAAUGUAGUGUAGAGUAAGGGAGAUGAUUAAGGGAUAUUACUAUAGUAUAUCAUGCAAUGUAUAUGUAAACUAUCUCUGGUGAAUGGCUGAAAUAAAUGAAAGAUGGAUUUUGUUUCUCUGAAAAA